AUGUGUCACUACGCACGUGAGUGUACGGCACCAGUACACUUAAGCCAAGGUCAGCGUGGCGAUACCAGUCACGCGUGUCUACAACGGACACGCGGUGCUGAGGACCGCAGCCCCAGUGAGAGGGAAUCUCACUGCAAGGUGCAAGAUGACAUGCCUAACCUUGUCAUCUUGAAGGUGAAGUCGAUGACGAAGAGAGCGGACUCUCUUCGGGUGUUGGUGGACUCGGGCGCGUCGAACAACUUUGUUCGACAGCAAAGUCUGCCGUUGUUGGACUUCAAGGAGAAGCAUGGGCCUCGAAGUCAGCUGGAAGUGCGAUUGGCAACGGGUGCCAUCGUCAAGACAGAGAAGCGCGUGAUUCGCGCACGCUUCUCGUACAAACACCGGGUGUUUGUAGAAGAACUUCUCGUCCUGGACUUGGACGACAAGUUCGACAUGGUAUUGGGCAUGCCGUGGCUUGCACGGCAUGAUCCUGAAAUCGACUGGGAGAAGCGUACGGUCGUACGCUUCGGACGCCGCGGCGCAACAGAGAGCGAUGGCCCUGUUAGCGCAGCGGAUACACCUAACGUCACAGCGCGAGGAGCGCGCAAGCUGAAACGACUCCGAGACAGUGAAAGAGUGUCUGGUAAGAGACCAGACACUUCUAGAAUGUUCUCCGCCACAAGGCGUCGAGGUGACAACGGCGUGUCGACCCUGGGAGUUGACACACGCUCGGUAUCAGAAUCGAGAAAGUUCUCCGCCCUCUGGAAGUUGCGACACACCACUCCGCCGAAAGGCGUAGAGGUGACGACAAAGCAUCGACUCCAAAAGUCGAUGCGACAAGUUGUGUGGACGGUUGCAAACGUCCAGCACUAA